UGCCAGGUCCAGAGUCUCUCAUGGGUCCCUGUAACGGCCUCCCAUUGCUGCUGUUUCCAUCGCCACACUCUGCCAUGUGCCACAUUCAGUCUCUUCACACUGCUGGGUUCCAUUUUGUCAUAGGGUGCUGGCAGAUUACAGGCCUCCCAUAGGUGCUGCCAGGCCCCAAAUCUGCCAUGGACCCCCGUACCGCCUGGUCACGCUGCUGCUGGGCCCACAGUGUGACCUGGGUCCCUGUACCGCCUCCCAUUGCUCCCACUCUGCCAUGUGCCACUUUGAGGUCUCCUCACACUCCUGCUGGUUUCCAUUUUGUCAUAGGUUGCUGUAUGGCCUCCCAUUGCUGCUGCCUCCACCGCCACACUGUGGCUCCAAACACUGGUUUUGGCCCCGUGACUGGCCAAAUGAGU